AUGGAGUACGACGAGACGGGCGUCACGGGCAUCAAGGAGGGCGGACGGUCGAGACCGGAGAGGCGCACCAAGGGAGGACGGCUGCCGCCGCGCAAGACGGCGAUGCAGGCGCUGCUCGGCGAGGAUUGA